AUGGGCUCCUCUCCACCACACGUAAGGUUUUGCGUCACACUAUAUGUAGCUUGCACAUUUGCAUCGGUGCAGUUGCUGAUGGCAGUGGUUCUGUGCAGACCCACAUCGUUUUACAACCCACUCGCUUGGUUUACCAUAGUUUACAUUUUUCUGGUUCAACAGCCAGCUUCGUUUAAGUGGAAUCGGCUCUAUGGUGGUCAUCUUUCUCGGAAAUGUCGCACUUUGUUCGAUGAGUGGAAUGUGAUGGAAACUUAUCAGCCACGAGCUUUAACAAUGGGACAUUUAUUCGAGCCGGAACCACCCACACCAUGUCCUGACAACAAAAAAAUCUCUGAAACGGACCAAUUCAAAGCAAUGCGGGAUGCGCACUACGCCAAUGAGUUUACUUAUGUUCAAAAAAUGGAAGCUGAAAGGAAGGCGAUGGAGGCAGCAUCCACUACGGCGCCAAAUCAAGGUGCCCAGCAAACUUCUUCGAAUAUUCAAUCGGAAUGUACACGCAUCGAGCUUAAAGAUGACCAUAAAAGUCAGGAUCAGGAUUCAUAUCGUGAAAUCUAA